AUGGCGCCUGCUCGGAAACAAACUAAAGGCUCAGCAGAAUCGCAGGGGGAGGCUGUGUCGGGGACAAAGCCACGUACCCUUCGACCGGUCCCCUUCUAUCUGCCUUUGAAUAUCACGCUCUAUGUAUGCCUUGUAUCCAAUGGAAUUGCAGCUUUUCUAGCCCCUAUCCAAGACUGUGAUGAGGUCUUCAACUUCUGGGAGCCGACGCACUACCUCGAUUACGGAUAUGGGCUUCAAACCUGGGAGUACUCGCCGGUCUAUUCGAUUCGGAGCUGGUUAUACAUUUCUCUCCAUAGCAUUGUAGGGAAAGUGGCUUCCCUAGCAUUUGAUAAAUCCGCGGGGUUUUAUAUCAUCCGACUAUUCCUGGCUAUAGUAUGCGCCGCCUGCCAGACCAGACUUUAUUCCGCCAUCUGCCGCACACUGAGCCCAAGAAUCGGACUUAUCUUUAUUAUGAUUGUCGCUUUUAGUCCAGGCAUGUUCCAUGCCUCAUCUUCAUUCCUCCCGUCCAGUUUUUCGAUGUAUACAUCCAUGCUCGGCCUGGCUGCUUUCUUGGAUUGGAAAGGGGGCCAGAAAACAGCGGAAGGGAUUAUGUGGUUUGGCUUGGGUGCGAUUGUCGGUUGGCCGUUUGCAGGAGCUCUAGUGCUUCCUCUGCUUUUUGAGGAAGCUGUCCUGAGCUUCCUCUCGGCAAAUUUAGGGAAAUUCUGCUUUGAUGUUUUCAAUGGGGGGCUGAGGUGCCUGGCGAUUCUAGCCCUGGAAGUUGCUGUCGACUAUGUUUUCCUUGGAAAACUAACCGUUGUUCCGUGGAACAUCGUCGCAUACAACGUAUUUGGGGGAGAAGGCAGAGGGCCAGACAUCUUUGGUACCGAACCCUGGACGUUCUAUAUCAAGAACCUCCUCCUGAAUUUUAAUGUUUGGUUCAUUUUUGGGAUCUUUGUGGGGCCAUUGCUACUACUGCAGGCAAUAUUCCGAGCCCGAUCCACAAGCCUCGAGACCCUGCUCAGGACUGUCACUCUUAUCAUGCCGUUUUAUAUGUGGUUUGCGAUCUUCACUGUACAACCCCACAAGGAAGAGAGGUUUAUGUACCCAGCAUAUCCAUUCCUGGCCCUCAAUGCGGCCAUUGCUUUCCACAUGGUGCUCGCAUUUAUCGGUUCUAACAACCCUAAAGAGCUGAUUGGCCGGGUUCCUGCAAAGGUUAAGCUCGCCGCCGUGAUGUCUGUGAUUCUAGUUGCUAUCAACGGUGGCCUCCUGAGGAGUCUUGGUAUGAUUACUGCGUACAAUGCGCCGUUAAAGGUGUUUGAGCCGUUCGAACAACCCGGGGUAGCUCAUGCGGGGGAUAUUGUAUGUUUUGGCAAGGAGUGGUACCGGUUUCCAUCAUCAUUCUUUCUCCCAGAUGGCAUGCGAGCCAAAUUUAUCCGAAGUGAAUUCCGUGGAUUACUACCUGGGGAGUUCCCCGACGCGCCAACUUAUUCAGCUCUCCUUGAGGGUGCCUCGAGGGUUCCAGAGGGCAUGAACGAUCGCAAUGAGGAAGACGCUGGGAAAUACACCGACAUCUCGCAGUGUUCCUUCCUCGUGGACUCAUAUUUCCCCAGUCACGAAGCCUCCGAGCUGGAGCCUAAUUAUGUACAAAAUCAAACAGAGUGGGAAGAAAUGUCAUGCAAGGCUUUUCUUGAUGCAUCUCAAACGAGCCUUCUGGGUCGUCUCAUCUGGAUUCCUGAUCUGCCGAUUAUGCCAGAUCGUUUUCGAAGAAAAUGGGGACAAUAUUGUCUCCUACGGCGGCAAUGGAUUCCAUCCGACUUCCAAAGACCACCAGCGUCACCAUUCCCUGACUGGGACGUCCACAAGACAAAGCCAAUUCCGUACCGACCAUUCAGAUAUGGACCGAAGUAUUUCGUCACGAUGGGUUUAAGGAGUAUGAAAUGGGACGAAUGGAUCGAGCUUGACAAUCACUACCUACGGUACCAUGCAGACAAAGCGCAAAGAAUCCAAGAACGCGGCGAUAAAUGCUGCAAAACCGGCCCCGAAGCAUGGGACGCUGCAAUCGAGCUCCUGGAAGAACUAUGCUCCUACCUCCCAGAACGCUACCCAACAAUGUUCCAAAAAACCGCCGUCGGAAUCACCAACACAAUCACGCACGAAACCUUCAACAUCACCCAACGUCCGCUCCCCGAAGACCCCAUGAUGACCUGCGCCCGCCUCGUCCAAGACGACCUCGCGCUGAUGAUCGAGAAGCCCGACGGAGAAUACUACCUGCUGGCGGGGGCCAUCCUCCUCGCCGGGUUCUGGCGCCUCAGCGACAAAUACGGCAUGCGGCUAUCGGAAAUCCACACCUCGGGCGACGUCCCCCAGUACACAGAAAGGCUGGAAAGGGGCAUGAUGAACUUCUUCCGCCGGCUUCGACCCGAGGACCCCGUCCUCCGGCACAACUACUUCCUCCAGGUCGACGACGGUCUCGCCUGGUCGCAUAGCAUCGGCGCCGAAGACGCCGCCGCCAGCAGCAGCAGCAGCGUCUCGUGGAGCACGGCCGAAAAGAACAGGGCCAUCCGCCACCACUAUUUCCGCUCCGAGCGCCAGUCGCUGCGCAGGCUGCCCCGCUCGGGCGCCGUCGUCUUCACCAUCCGCACUUAUUUCGAGCCCGUCGUCGCCGUUGCGGCGGAGCCCUAUGUGCCUGGGCGGUUGGCCUCCGCGGUCCGCAGCUGGGGGGCCGAUGUGUCACGGUAUAAGGGGAGAGAGAGGUACGAGGCGGUGUUGCUGGAGUAUUUGGAUCAGAGGCAUGAGGAGCAGGUUGCUGCGGGGUUGGAUUUGGACCGGGAGGACGAUGUCCGUAGGUAUCCUUGGUAG